GCUUACAGGCCAUCAAAGCCUUUUUACAGCUUGAGUUAGGAUGCCUGUAAGCCUUAAUUUAAUAAUCAGCGUGACUUUAAACUGAGCUACAGCCUAUCAAUUAAAUAAAAUCCCUUUUCCCUCCUCUGCGGAGAGGUGUAUGGUGUGGAUGAAUAGUGCUGGAAUGCAGCCAGGAGUGUAUAUGGGCGUCAGGAGGAGUGAAAGUGGGGGCCCCCAUGGGACCUGUAAUGUGGCCCCUGCCGCUGGGACCCGCUGCGAGAGGACGCGACAGGGCACACGGAUGACAGCAGGGAAUUAAAUGGGGAUCCGUCUGGCUGUAACCCAGCGCAAAGCUUUAAGAGCUGAUUUCUCUCUUUUUUUAUUUCAGCCAAAUUCACACUAUCUGUCCAUUAGGCAGAAAUAACGAGUCAGGCAUAUUUUAUAACAUAACAACUCCUUACACCUUGAAAGCAAUAUCUUCAGUGGAACUUCGAUAAUACUUCUAUAGUCGAGGCCCAAUAGUCGCAUUGUGACGUGCGCAACAAGCCACAAUGUUGACGAGGCUUUUCAGUGACCCCUCACUGCUUCCCGAGGUGCAGAAAUACUCCGGCUGGGCGGAGGACAGCGAAGACGAGGAGGCCAAGAUCAAAGAUGAGGACCAGGACACCCAGGACGACAUGGAGGGAUCUGAACUUAGAGGAGACAGCCGGACGCACUCCGAGCACGCUGGGGAAGACGACGAGGACGACGGGGUGGAGGAAGAGGACGACGGAGACGAUACAGAGGGGGAUCGGCCCAAGAAAAGGGGCCCCAAGAAGCGCAAAAUGACACAGGCCCGGAUCGAACGCUCCAAGAUGCGGCGGGUAAAGGCCAACGCACGGGAGCGGACCCGCAUGCACGACCUGAACUCUGCGCUCGACAAUCUGCGUAAAGUGGUGCCCUGCUACUCCAAAACGCAAAAACUGUCCAAAAUCGAGACGCUGCGGUUGGCCAAAAACUAUAUCUGGGCCCUGUCGGAGAUAUUGCGCUCUGGAAAAAGGCCCGACGUUGUGUCCUACGUCCAGACGCUGUGCAAGGGACUCUCCCAGCCCACGACAAACCUGGUGGCGGGAUGCCUGCAGCUAAACUCCCGUAACUUCCUAACCGAGCAGCAGUGUCAGGAUGGGGGGAGGUACGGGUCCGGCUCCUUCUCCAUGCAUUCCUACCCCUACCAGUGUGCGCGUCUCUCCAGCCCCCACUGCCAGCCGGGCUCUAACUCGCAUCCGCUGAGGACGCACGGCUACUGCUCGGCUUACGACUCUCUGUACGGUGGGAGCGGAUCCCCGGAGUAUAACAGCCCCGAGUAUGAGGGGCCCCUCAGCCCGCCCCUGUGCAUCAAUGGCAAUUUUUCCUUGAAGCACCAAGGCUCUGCGUCCCCCGACAACGAGAAGGGAUACCACUACUCUAUGCAUUACUCCGGCCUGCCUGGCUCAAGACCCACCGGGACCCCCAACCUGGUGUUUGGCUCCUCGGGAGCCCGGAGCGGCAUUCACUCUGAAAACGUCCUGCCUUACCACGACAUGCACUUACACCACGAACGGCCCCCCGUGUAUGAUGAACUGAACGCCUUUUUUCACAAUUAAAAUGAGAAACCUAUCGUGCGUCCCCUUGCAAUCAACAAUCUAUCCACGGCACACCACCCGCCAGGAUUUAGGUAUUCUGGAGAGAUGUUUCACUCGUUGUCAUUAGUGUUUCUCUUUCAUUUAUUCCGUCUUAAAUUUUUGUUUUGCUAUAGUCAGAGAUGUAGUGGAGGGUAAUCCACCUAACACACAAUCUUGUUUUGCGCAACACAAUUGUUUAGGCUGAAAUAAAUCUCUGAAAGGAAAUUUGAUGAACAAAUCAUUCAAGACCUACGAUGAUAAGGGAAUUUCAAAAUAUCAAUGUUUUUUAAGUGUGAUUUGUGUUUGUAUCGGUGGUUGUUUGCAUUUUGAUGACGGAAAGUCAAAGUUUACCCAUUUAUUUAUGUGCCACUACAUCACUGGCUACAGCUACACCAUGACAUUGGCGGUGAUUUUCUAAUGCUAUGAAAUUAGAAAUAAAUCAAUGAACAAGUUAAUGCAAAUCCCAUUUGCUCGCCUUUACGUGCGAGAUUUUGGAGGCUGUGGUUUUUGGAAAUGACGAAAUAUAAAGAAAUGCAGAGGGAAAUGCUGAACCGAUAGAAAUGUUGGGUUGUUUUGGAAGAAUCUGUUCUCCAGAUCGUUUCGCAUCUAUGCAAAACCCAACGAGACCACAGAGCGAGGCAACAAGGCCUAAAAAGACACUGUAUGUUUCAUCAGCACUCUUGCUGCACGCACGGGUGCGCGCAGACACACACACACACACACACACACACACACACACACACACACACACACACACACACACACACACACACACACAUACACACACACACACACACAAACACACACCAAAACACACUUUGGAAUUAACACCCAACGAAAUCUGGCUGGGCUAGCCAAAAUGGUUUAACUUCCAAAAAAAUCAUGAAAAUACAAUGAAAUCAGACAUUUUUCUCAUUUUCUUUUUUACUCUUAUUUAUUCACAUGACCCAUAUUCUUCUAAAUGAGCCAUUGCACUGCAUUUUGAUUUUAAAUAAAAAUUUUGGUUCAGUAUUUUCGUUUUGAUUUGCAAUGCUAUGUUGAAUAGGUUAUUAUUAUUAUUAUUAUUAUUAUUAUUAUUAUUAUUGCACGUAUUUAUUGUAUUGUUUUUUGUAAUUAAUGUUAAUUGUCUAUGGAAAUGAAGAAAUGAAGGGAUCCCAUGUGUUGCUGAGCAUUUUUUCAUAAAAUUCAAGUAUUUCAACUUUGUAUUCAACCAACUGUGUGGUAAAAUAAAAUGACAAUGAAUUAAA